AAAACCCAAAAUGUAGGAAAUUUAGAAAGUUAAUAAGUAAAAGAAGCAUGCAAGUAUUUGAUUUGAUCUUUUCAUAAAAGAAGCGAAAAACCAGAAAAGAUUCUGUGGGGAAACUCUUUGUUUUCUUUUAUCUUCUUCUCUCUGCUUCUUCGCUUUCUCUCAAUUAAUGAGAUCUCACCCAUAUCAUCGACUUCAACUACACCAAUCACAAAUCUCUAUCUCUCUUCUUCUAUCUCCUCCUCUCUCUUUCGCACUUCCGUAGUCAUUGUCUGUGAAUCAACUGUUCAUCAUCCCACAUAGCUCAUGGUCCAUGCAUCAUCAUUGACCAAGAUUCGAAGAAAAGGUUUUGCUCACAAAGAGUAUUUAAUAUAGGAAAAAAAAGAAACCCGUGUGAAAGCUCUUUGAUUUGACCAAAUGUGUUGGUAAAUCAUUUUGCAUUGAGGGGUGGGGGAUCUGGUUUUGGUGCAAAAGGAGGAGUCUUUCUUGUCUUUUAACAACCUCGCUGCGAUCAGAUUCAUAUCGUCUACAAGCAUUGACCAAUGGGGGGUUGUGUCUCCAAGAGUAAUUGGAGCAAUGAAGAGCCUAUGCAUCGACCGUGUCUUGGGAUGGGAUGUUGUGGGAGCAAAAUGGGGAAGAAAAUGGGCAUCGUUUCGCUUCACAACUUGGUUUCCAUACCGAAUCGGAUCACCAGCAACGGAAAGAGCAGGAGUUCUUGCAUUUUCACUCAGCAAGGACGCAAGGGUAUUAAUCAAGACGCGAUGAUCGUGUGGGAAGAUUUUAUGUCGAAAGAUGUGACAUUUUGCGGUGUUUUUGAUGGACAUGGUCCUCAUGGUCAUCUUGUUUCUCGUAAAGUCAGAGAAUCAUUGCCUGUAAAGUUACUGUCUUUCCUGAGUUCAAUUCAGUCGAAGCAAACUGGAUCCAUGGGAACUCGUACAAGCACCAAAUUCGACAGCCAAGAAGCUGACAAGGAAGAAUCUAGUGAGGUGGAUAAAUUGAAUUUCUUGUGGGAAGAAGCUUUCUUGAAAUCGUUCAAUGCUAUGGAUAAGGAACUGCGAUCCCAUCCUAAUCUGGAAUGCUUCUGCAGUGGGAGCACUGCUGUAACAAUCAUUAAACAGGGGUCAAAUUUAUUCAUGGGAAACAUUGGGGAUUCUCGGGCGAUUCUGGGAUCCAAAGAUAGCAACGAUUCCAUGGUUGCAGUUCAGCUUACAGUUGACUUGAAGCCUGACUUACCAAGGGAAGCAGAGAGGAUCAAACAGUGUAAAGGUCGGGUCUUUGCGCUGGAAGACGAACCAGAGGUGCCACGAGUCUGGCUACCAUUUGAUAACGCUCCUGGGUUAGCCAUGGCUAGGGCGUUUGGUGAUUUCUGUCUGAAAGACUACGGAGUGAUUUCAAUACCCGAGUUCUCUCACCGUGUUCUUACAGAUAGAGAUCAGUUCAUUGUCUUGGCUUCAGAUGGAGUAUGGGAUGUGCUAAGCAACGAAGAAGUGGUUGAGGUCGUAGCAUCGGCUUCAAGCCGGGCAUCAGCGGCUAGGCUAGUGGUGGAUUCAGCUGCACGCGAGUGGAAACUAAAGUACCCGACUUCGAAAAUGGACGAUUGUGCAGUUGUGUGUUUGUUCCUAGACGGGAAAAUGGACUCAGAUUCACCAGAUUACGAAGAACAAGGUUUCUCUUCAGCAACAAACGCAGUGGAAUCAGACGAAAGCCAGAGGACAGAACCGUGUCUUCAGAGAAACGUCACAGUCAGAUCAUCAUCGACGGAUCAAGGACACAACAGUUUCGGUAUCGUGAAUGCAGAGACUAAUGAUGCAGAGAAGGAGAAAACGACGGAGGGAGAACAGAACUGGUCGGGACUAGAAGGCGUUACUCGAGUGAACUCGCUUGUUCAGCUUCCGAGAUUCUCUGGUGAAAAACCGAAGACUUGAGAGUUGAGACAUUGGUUUUUGAUUGUUUUCAAGAAUUGGUUUUAGUCCCAAAGAAAGAAAAAAAGUCAUCUGAUUGCAUCUAUGCCCAAGCAUUAGGAGUUUAUAGGACUCGUCAAUUCAUAAAGCAUAUGUAAAUGUCUUAGGUCUUUGAUUUUUUCCAUAAAAUCAGUGGUUGAUGUUCACAACUCUAAAAAAAUCGAAACUUUGUGAGGAAAAAUAGUUUUUGCAACCAAAAAGGUCCCACCGAGACUUGAACUCGGGUUACUGGAUUCAGAGUCCAAUGUCCUAACCGCUAGACCAUGGGACCAUUUGACUCCAUUUCCUACAGAUAACUUUUUAAACGCAAAUAUGAUGUCCAAGAGUACCACUAUAUGGCCAAUGUCGCUGCAACACCGGUAGCCUGAGGAAAUUACCGAUGCGAAGACUUUACCGGAAGCCCUUCUAUGUUGCUGCUCUGAAUCGUCCGCGUAGUUCUUCAGAGUGCUUCUGUCUGCACAAAAAUGGCGGCUUUUUGUCGGAUGGUUCAGAGUGCUUGACUUCGCCAAGCUCGGGGACGAGUGUUAGGUGUGUGUUCAGUAGCAGUUCACUUCCUCCUCCCGAAUGGAUCGAACCCUUCAACGAUGUCUCCGAUUUGGUGAAAUCGACUCGUAAUCUCCAGCCAUCUCCAUGGGUAAGCCAAAUUCUCAACCUCCUCGAUGGCUCGGAUUCCAUGGAAUCGAAUCUUGAUGGUUUCUGCCGUAAGUUCCUUAUUAAACUACCUCCCAGUUUCGUCUCGUUUGUGUUGAAAUCCGACGAGAUUCGCGAAAAUCCCGGUGUUGCUUGGCGUUUCUUCUGUUGGGCUGGGAAGCAGAAGAAGUAUACGCAUAAGCUCGAGUGUUAUGUCUCCUUGGUUGAUGUUUUGGCUCUGGCGAAAGAUGUGGACAGGAUUAGGCUUGUCUGCAGUGAAAUCAGGAAAUUUGAGUUUCCAAUGACUGUUUCUGCGUCGAAUUCUUUGAUAAAGAGUUUUGGAAAGCUUGGAAUGGUGGAGGAGUUGUUGUGGGUUUGGCGCAAAAUGAAAGAGAACGGGAUUGAGCCAACUUUGUAUACUUAUAACUUUCUGAUGAACGGAUUAGUGAGCUCGACGUUCGUUGAUUCCGCGGAGCGUGUUUUUGAGGUUAUGGAAAGUGGCAGGAUCAAACCAGACGUUGUGACGUAUAACACGAUGGUCAAGGGUUACUGCAAAGCGGGACAGACACAGAAAGCUAUGGAGAAGCUUCGAGAUAUGGAGACGAGAGGCCUUGAGGCUGAUAAGAUCACGUAUAUGACAAUGAUCCAGGCUUGUUAUGCAGAUAGCGACUUUGGUUCUUGUGUGGCUUUGUAUCAAGAAAUGGAUGAGAAGGGACUUCAAGUCCCGCCUCAUGCGUAUAGUUUAGUGAUCGGAGGACUUUGCAAGGAGGGGAAAUUGAAUGAAGGGUAUGCUGUUUUCGAGAAUAUGAUCCGUAAAGGGUCUAAACCAAAUGUAGCUAUAUACACUGUUUUGAUAGAUGGUUAUGCGAAAUACGGAAGUGUUGAAGACGCUCUAAGGCUUUUACAGAGAAUGAUGAACGAAGGGUUUGAGCCCGACGUGGUAACUUAUUCAGUUGUUGUGAAUGGUUUGUGUAAAAGUGGAAGAGUGGAAGAGGCGUUGGACUAUUUCGAGGCUUGCCGGUUUAAAGGGUUAGCUAUCAAUUCGAUGUUUUAUUCUAGUCUCAUUGACGGUUUAGGAAAAGCGGGUCGGGUCGAUGAAGCAGAGAGGCUUUUCGAAGAGAUGUCUGAAAAGGGAUGCACUAGGGAUUCAUACUGUUACAAUGCACUGAUGGACGCGUUCACAAAGUCUGGGAAAGUCGAUGAAGCGUUAGCGCUGUUUAAGAGGAUGGAGGAAGAAGAAGGCUGUGAUCAAACGGUUUAUACAUACACGAUACUCAUAUCCGGAAUGUUUAAAGAACACAGAAAUGAAGAGGCGUUAAAGCUUUGGGACAUGAUGAUCGACAAAGGCAUUACACCAACCGCAGCUUGCUUCAGGGCAUUAUCGACAGGGCUUUGUUUGUCGGGCAAAGUGGCGAGAGCGUGUAAGAUUUUGGAUGAGUUAGCUCCAAUGGGUGUGAUUCUUGAUGCAGCUUGCGAAGACAUGAUUAACACGUUGUGUAAAGCUGGUCGGAUUAAGGAAGCUUGUAAAUUGGCUGAUGGGAUCACUGAGAGAGGAAGAGAAGUGCCUGGGAGGAUCCGUACUGUUAUGAUCAAUGCCUUGAGGAAAGUGGGAAAAUCAGAUUUAGCUAUGAAGCUAAUGCAUAGCAAAAUUGGGAUUGGUUAUGAGAGAAUGGGUAGUGUUAAAAGGCGUGUCAAGUUUAAAACUUUACUUGAAACCUUUGAUCCUGACUUUUAAAUUUUGUUUCUCUUCUGAUUCAGUUUACGUUUAGUUUUCUUGUCGUUUAGUUAUGAAUGUAAAACAUCAAUCGCAUGCACUUUGUAAACAAAUUUGGAACGCAGUUUCUAAAUUGCGUUAACUUUUUUGUGUGGUUGACCAAUUUAGAACCUUGAUCAAAAAAUUUGGCCGGUUUUACUUCAA